AGUCGUCAGCUACCCGGUUAGAUGGACCUUGGUUUCUGAUGCGUAGCUUACUAUACCAACAAAGUUAAUAUCUCAGGAUAACUUAAACUGACAAUUUUAUUCGAUCUAAAAUACUAUUUUAGACAACUGCAUGUCUUGGACUUAAUAGUCAUUUUAUCCUAUAUGACGUUUUACUAACUCUUAAUAACGUAAUUCCCUGCGCGCUGUAAAUAUUCCAACGAGAGAAUAUUUAGGAGAAUGUUGUUUCAUCAGUGUCUGCAUGGUAUUCAUCACACACAAGGUCGGUAACGUAAAUCUCAUGAUAAAUUCAGAGACGUGAAAGUACAGAUUAUUCUGCUUCUGGAAUAAUUUUCUUGCCACAUUGAAAAUCGCAAUGGACCUUUUGGGAUUGUACCUGUUUCAGCUCGUCUUUGUUGCCCUGCAGGAGGCCCUGUCUGCUGGGACGGACUGCCUGCUGGCGGGGGACUCCUGCUCCAGUGACGAGACGUGCAGCCCACGCCUGCGCACGCUACGCCAGUGUGUGGCCGGCAACGGCAGCAUGAAGCUGGGCCCCGGCGCCCGCAGCCAGUGUGCCAACGCUGUGUCAGCGCUGCUCUCGAGCCCGCUGCAUGGCUGCCAGUGCCGACGGGGCAUGAAGAAGGAGAAGAACUGUUUGAGCAUCUACUGGAGUCUCCAUCAGUCGGGCAUUCACGGACUCAACCUGGUGGAGAGCUAUCCCUACGAGGCCGUGCAGAAGGGUUAUGACUAUGUGCGCCUGGCGUCCAUCGCUGCAGAUUCCGAGGUCGGCAUGGUGGCGGUGAACCGCUGCCUGGAUGCGGCCAAGGCGUGCAACGUGGACGACGUGUGCCAGCGGCUGCGCACCGAGUACGUAUCGGCCUGCAUCAAGCCCUCGUCGCGCUCAGGCCUCUGCAACAAGCCCAAGUGCCACAAGGCGCUGCGGCGCUUCUUCGACCGCGUGCCCGCCGAGUACACGCACCGGCUGCUCUUCUGCCCGUGCAGCGACACGGCGUGCGCAGAGCGCCGCCGCCAGACCGUCGUGCCCAGCUGCUCCUACGAAGGCGAGGAGAGGCCCAACUGUCUGGCGCAGAUGAGGGCCUGCAACGCCGAUUAUGUCUGCAGGUCCCGCUUGGCCCAGUUCCAGUACGACUGCCAGCCGGACGAGCAGUCCGCCAGCGGCUGCAAGCAGGGGAGUCACGCGGCCUGUCUCAUCGCCUACACCGGACUGAUCGGGAGCCCGGUGACGCCCAACUACGUGGACAACUCCACGUCCAGUGUGGCCCCAUGGUGCACCUGUGCGUCCAGCGGAAACCAGAAGGAGGAGUGCGCACGCUUCCUAGGCUUUUUCACCAACAACAUCUGCCUGAGUAAUGCUCUUCACACUUUCGAGAAUGGCAUGGACCCGACGCCAACCCCGAGUCAGCCAGGACAGCCCAGCCACGUCACCAGCUGGUCAGACUAUGGCACCACUCCGGCAUUUGUUUCCAUGGAAACCGAAGAGAAUUUAAUGAGUCCACUGAUACCCACACAGGCCACCCUGAAUGACAGGCUCUGGGGUGACACCACAGGUCCCUCCAGCACCCAGCCCAAGUCUGCCAGCCCCCUGCCCCCUGCCCUCUCCCCACCCCUCCCCCCCUGGAGUCUCCUCCUCCUCCUACUGCUCUUCUGCUACGAUCAGUGAAGGAUAUCAUGGACGCCUGAUACAUUUACACACACACAGCGGGCUGGGCUCUGUACAACAAACAAACAAACAAACAAACAAACAAACAUAAAACAACUGAAAGGACCUUCUGUAGAGGACUGGCCACAGGGGCACAGGCAAAGUCAUUGUGUUACAUUUUUGUUCCUGUGGACCAGCUGAUCUCGAACCUCACUGAAGAGUUUCGGACAUUGACGUCGUGGCAAACGGGCACUUUUUAUAAAGGACGAUGUAUAGUUAAAUUGAGAUGUGAACAUGGAUGAGGAGGCCAUUUGCAUCACGGUGUAUAUAUGUACAGUACAAUGCUGUCAUGUAGCCAUGAGAAACGUUUAAUGUAUGUGAAUAUUCCCUGGUUUCAGAGUCAUCCGAAUUCAUCAUUGUGUCCACUGCAAAGGAAACUGCCUUUAGAAGCAUGGAAACGGAAUAGGUUUCUAUUAAGGCCUGUAUAACUAGACAGACAGAGGUACAAAAAUCAAUGGAAGAUGGCCAGGCCGUGCUGAUACCCUCUGCCUAAGGCUUCUCAUGCAUCACUUAAACUGCUUGGAAAAGGACCCCUGAGGAAAUGGAGAUUUAAUAUCAUUCAGUUCAGCUUGACUGAGGAGGAGGAGGAUGAGCAGGGGGAGUGGGUUAUUUUGGAUCAAUAGCAAAUGGUGAAGUCGUUGAGUCGGAGGUGAACAAAAUGGCUCUCCAAAACUCAUUUCAGAGAGGCGAACACGUGCCAACGUUGUGAUCAUUCCAAGUGCACCUCUGGAGAGCUGGGAAUACCACAUGCUAUCUAUGUUCCAGGGACCAGGAUGGGGUUUGGGUCUGGACCAUUGACUUCACCUUUCAAAAGCUAACGUCUGGUGUGCUCAUUCUCUCCAAAAAGACAUCUCGCAUCCAAAGGACAUUGACCAAGCAGAAGCGUUCUUGGUUCUCCUUCAAUCAACUCUUUCUCAGUCGCCAACUUUGUCAUUUGCCAACUGUGGGAUUGGUAUAAGUGGCCGUGAUGGGCGGUGGUUUGACAUGGCGUCCAGGGCUGUCGGCGAGGCACCGCGCCGGCCGGGGCCUAACAGGGAUGCUCUGUUCUUGUUUGUGAUGUGAUGUUGCAUCCACUGAUAGGAUGGCUGUGGGUUCUUAUUUUGCUCAAUUCAUUUCGAUCACUGCCAAUAAAAGCUGUUGGUUCAUUUAGUGCUCACUUUUUGCAUCAGCCAAGAAAAAAAAUGCUGUGCAUGGAUGGAUUGAUGUAAUCAGAGAACAGAACGAUCCUGGUGAAAGCGUGCAGUGUCUCUGUCAAAAACAACAGAGCUUUAGCCAGUCGUUGAAGAUAAUUGCAGACAGCAAGAGUAAUGGCAAUUUUGGCUCCAAGGUCAGUAUAAACAGUUUACCGCUGGAUAAAUCAAACAGAGGUUAAGAAAUGGCAAGAGUUCUUUGGAUCACACUAGUUGGAAAACAUAACUGGCAUGACCACAAUUUAUAUCUGCACUCCAGAAUGAAAAAUCAUGUUUAUAAAGAUCUGCUUCACAGGACUUAAAUGAGCUGCAGAUAGUUUAAUCCCUACAAACGUCAUAGCACAUCAAUCAUAUUACGACUAGCUCCUGGGAAAAAAAGAUUGAUCUAAGUGUCUCAAAUUAGCCAUUGCCACGGUAUAAUUUCGGUGCAGUUUCUCCAUAGAAGUUCAACAAUACUAUAAAACGUAAUCAAUCAUAUGCACACAGUCAGUCCAAGUCUCUAUUUCAAAACACACUCAGUACUAAUGUUGAAUGUAAUAUCAUUUUUUGGAAAGAGCUGGAAGUAUUGAAUACAAUGAAUGUAACACCUUCUAUACUUAUUCUCCUGCCAGGCAACAAAGUGUUGUAGUUUUUCAGCCCACGAACAUGCCACAGUUUCACCCAAAGCAUUUGGCCUCCGUGUUUUGUUGUGCUGCUGUGUUAUUGCCACAACCCUGUCUAAACAAUAGCAUCCAGUAAACAGAAAGCACUAUACUCUUAUGCGGAACUUAGGUCUUGAGAAUAAUAUUAACUUUGACAUUUAAUGGCGAUA